AGUUGCGCAGUGGGUCAGUAUGACUAGAUGAUACCAAUAACUGCCAUUAAUUUGUCUCGAUUAACUGACGUUAGAGAAAAAAGUGGAAACAAAAGCCGGAAAUGAGAGAUGGAAGAAGACCUCUCCGGCGUCGUUCCUUGCUCUUCUCUCGCCGUUGAUUCCAUCAUUCGCGUGGGAACGGCAGGUGCAAUCUGGGGCUUAUGUAUAGGACCUCACGAUGCUCGAAAAAGAGGGUUUACUGGCACCGCUCAUGCUUCCUUUGUGGCGAAAUCAGUGGGAAGAUAUGGAUUUCAAUGUGGACUUGUUGCUGGAGUUUUUACUGUUACUCGCUGUGGAAUUCAAAGAUAUAGGAGAAAAAAUGAUUGGGUAAAUGCUUUACUUGCGGGUGCUGUGGCAGGGGCAGCUGUUGCUGCUGGGACUCGAAAUUGGACACAGGUGGCUGCGAUGGCUGGUCUGGUUUCUGCCUUUAGUGCUGCUGCUGAUUAUUCCAAAACAUUUUAAAGUAUACACAUGCUGAAAAAAAUUGGUAGAUUCUCAAGGUAAUUGUCAGUUCUCUGCAUGACAUAAUAUUGCCAUUAAUCUUCAGUUCAUGAUUUUUUAUGUAGUUGUCAUAAACAAACUCACACAUGCAAUUUGGGUUAUGGAUAGACUAGAAUACAAACUAACUAGGAUUGCCUGGCAUUCUAUUUGCCAGGCUCUGCAGAAAACCAUAAUUCAUUUGAAAUUGGAUUUUCCAGGAUAGAGUUUUGUGGAUCUACAAUGUAUUAAUUUCUCAUAAAUGGUUGAUCACUUGAUCACUCUGGUUUA